AUGGGCAAGAUCCGCACGAAGACAGUGAAGCGCGCGUCGAAGCAGCUGGUGGAGAAGUAUUUCUCGAAGCUGAACAAGGACUUCUACCAGAACAAACGCGUUGUCAUGGACGUCACCAUCGCCCGCUCCAAAAAGCUGAAGAACAAGAUUGCCGGGUAUACGACACACAUCAUGAAGCGCCUGGCCCGCGGCCCUGUCCGUGGCAUCUCGCUGAAGCUGCAGGAGGAGGAGCGCGAGCGCCGCAUGGACUACGUGCCGGAGGUGUCGCAUGUUGACCAGGCCAUCCAGGACGGCGUGCACGUGGACAAGCAGACCUUCAGCAUGCUGAAGCGCAUGGAGACGGGCGUGCCUCGCCACGUGGCGCUCACCACCGUCGUGGCUCCUGUCACCAAGAAGGGUGGCCGCCGCGCGCCUGCCCGCAAGUGA